UGAAAAUGGCCAUCCCGAUACUACAUCCGAUGAGUACCGGAAGCAAGCCGAACGGAAGAGGAGCCGCACUCUGAGCUCCGACGGAACCGUCUCCCCAUCCCUCUCCACAACUCCUAGUACCGCCACCGCGAGUGCCGAUCAACUGCGUCUCAGUGUCAAGGCCCUCCUUGAUGACUGCAUCCCGACGGUUCCAACAAAGCCGAACACUCUGAUCUACGAGGCAGCGAAAGAUUUGGAACAGGCCUCCAACCUCUUUAACAUCAUGCAGUGGGUCAAGGCCAACGGGCUUAGUCUUCCAAUUCCAACGGUUGCCCCCUCCUCGCCUUCUGUCCCUUCGGCGUUGGACGACCCAUUAUACUCCUCUUCCUCCUCCCUGUCCGUCUUCGCAUCCUCCGCCUGUACCGCUCCGUCAGCGUCCCUACCCCCC